AUGAAUAAAUCAAAGGGCACAAUGACCAACAACAACACUUUUACUAGUAAAUUUACAAAUUCCAAAAGCUCAAACGUUUCAUCUAAAUCAAAUCAACCAUCACCACUCAAACAAACAACUAAAACACCUUCAAUUCCUCGAUCAUCCGCAACCACGGCCGCGACGGUUACAAAUCGCUGUACUCCCCACAUGCGCAAUACCACCAGCAACUCGCCGCAACGUACUGACAAUAAGAACAUUACAUCCUCCUCCUCUCCCGCACCGCAAGCCGAUAACACACACACCACAGCCGUUAUCGCUGCUCACACUAUUUACGAUAACUCGAUCAGUUCACAGCUAUUAUUAGCACAUACCUCCAGUACUACAUUAAUCAAUAACACAGAUAAUAAUAUAAAUUUCGCAUAUGCCGCUGAUAUGGAUAAAAUUCCGAGCAGGGAUCAAGCUAUCGUUUUUUAUUCGAUAGACGGUGUACCUCAAAUACAAUACAUUUUAGCGAUCGGAAAAAUAGUACAACCCAAUAACAUAAAAUUCGUCUCAAGAAUUGAUAUACAAAUAAUCGUUUUUGUAUUUUGUUAA